AUUGCCAGAGUCCAUAGAGAAGGAGAGAGAGAGAGACAGAAAGUGAGAGAGAGCUUCUCUCUCUUCCUCUUAACCUCCGUUAACGUAAUGAUUCCCUCCCUCCACCCCUAGCCGCCUAGCAGAGAUGAAGCUCAAGCAUCCGUCCAACUCGACUUCCAAAACCUUGUCAGCAACGACGUCGUCUCAGGACGCCAGGCUCCUCGUUCGUGAGACGCUUCGAAUCAGCGCCAACCUCGCCUCCGCGCCUCGUCCUGCUCUUCCUCCUCCGCCUAUUUCCGCUGCCGCCGAUGGAAAUGUCGCCACCUUCGGACUUGUCGAGGAGCAGUUUCUCAAUUCUAGCCUGAGGUUGAUAUGCCGCGAGGAGAUCGAUGGUCGCCGGUGGGAGUACUUUGCUGACCUCGAUAACUCCAAGCAAUUUAGGAAGAAUUCCAUUCGUGCUGUUAGCUUGCAUUCUCGUCAGGCUCCUGGCCAAGAGUUGAUGGCAUUUAUAAGAUCGUAUGUUGUGCCAGAAGGUUUUCCUGAUUGUGUUACUCCGUCGUAUGUGCCGUACAUGACAUGGCGAGCUCUGAAGCACUUUUUUGGUGGAGCGAUGGGUGUAUUCACGACACAAACUCUCUUGAGUUCAGUUGGAGUUUCUAAAACAGGGCAGCCCCGGUGCUGUAGCUAUCAACUGGAUUCUCAAGGAUGGUGCUGGUCGUGUUGGAAAGAUGAUUUUUGCACGUCAGGGGAAAAAAUUUGAUUCUGAUCUUAAACAGCUUAGAUUUGCUGGUGAUCUGCUAAUGGAGUUAGGAGCGGGUGUAGAAUUGGCAACUGCAGCUGUG